CCAUCAACUGAUCCACAAGAACUUAAGCCACCACCAUUGGCACAGCUACAAACAACAUCCCAAGAAAGACAAACCAAGAUCUUGACGGCCAUGCGCAAUCCGUUAAGUUUCCUCCUUAGUCCCCCUAUCUCGUUGUGUUACCGUGUCCUGCUUCCUCUGCGCCUUUGGAAUACAGAUAGAGCGUGUGACGAUGAUCUCAAGCAAAACUUUAAAGAGGAACUGGACAUCAAGCGGUAUGUAUAUUACUUUCGAUCGGGCACACAAGAAAACUGAGUAAGGAUGUUUGCUAGUAGAAAUUUAUUGAAGAGAAGCAAACACUUGUGAGAGAUGGUUUAAUUUCAAACAAUACAGUUUUAAACAAAAAGAAUGUCAGUAGUAAUCCUACAAAUCCAUCUACAUAUGCAAUUUCAAAUACUUUCGAUUCAAAGUCUUUUUCAGACAUUAACACAUUUUUCUAUAAACCCGAAAGGUUGAUCGGAUCCGAAUGAGAGAGUGGUUAUGGCGGUACGGUUUAAUUGGCCCACAAUCCUAAUUGCGUUCAAAAUGACAGUUCGAUUAUUUUCUUGUCCUCAACUGGCAAAAACGAUUUAUUACUCCACCAUUAUAGAUAACGGAGCUAAACAUCAAAAAUGAAAAAAUAAAAAUAAAAAAUAUGUGAUUAUCUAUGAGAUCCAUAUUUUUCUCCACCAAUUAUCUAAAGGAAUCCUACCUUAAUUAUCACGUUUUUAAGUUUAAACCUGG